UCACAGUUCACUCUCUGUUUUUUUCUUCACAUUUCUCUCUCUCUCUCUCUUACUUUAUUUUUCAAAAACUAAACCCGAAAUCACUCGCAAUGCUCGUCUUCUCUCUUCACUAAUCACUCUGGCAUUUGUGAUUGUAAAUCAAAUUGUUAAAUACAGAUUCUUUGAUUUACAAUGGAGGAACCGUUGACUCCGUCGGUCGUUGAAGAGCCUGUGACCAUGAGUCAAGCUCCAGAGAGACCGUCCUCUGUUGCUUCUGUUGAAAGCACGAGAAAGGUCGCUAGAGUUACAAAGCCUACUAUUUCAGCUGCAUCGAAUCUUUUAGCACCAACUGGUUCAUUUAAAAAGAGAACUGAGUCAAGAAACAGUUCGGGUUCUAGUUCCAAUAUGACCAAAUCAUCUGCAACUGUGACUUCAGCUGCAACUUCAUCUCGUAAUUCAGUUCCAGUUGUAAGAAGAAAUAGUACUGGUGGAAUGUCUGAGAAACCUUCUGUAGUAAAACGACCUACUAGCAUUGCUGCAACUGUUGCAGGCAAGAAAACUCCUGCUGUUUCUGAACCAUUCAGACGGUCUCUUCCGGAGCUUAGGAGGAGUUCCUUGCCUUCAGUUGCUCCGAAUCCUGUGAGCCGAACUAGUGUUUUGGAAGCUCGGAAGUCAGCUCCCGGGACACCUUUGGAUAGGAGUUUGAGAUCAUCAACGGGGUCCGAUGUAAGCAAACCCAGGUCCGUCGCAAAACCUUUUGUUAAGCCCGCAUUAUCAGUCUCUUCUUCCUCAAAAGGGGUUUCUUCUACAUCGAUUGAUAGUACUGGGAGUAGUGUGCGUAAGAAGAUGAUCACAAAGGUUUCUUCACCAACACCUCGUUCGCCUUCAGUUUCUAGCGGAACAAGAACCGGUUCUUUGUCAACAUCUGCGAGUAGAAGUUCCAAAUUGUCUGGACGAAAAAAAUUGGGUACUCCUGAGAGCCAGGAUUCUGGGUUCAUUGUUCUUCCACAUGUGGAUAUUAAAGCUGGUGAUGACGUGAGAUUGGAUCUUAGGGGACACAGGGUCCGAAGUCUCACUGCUAGUGGAUUGAACUUCUCACCAAAUUUGGAGUUUGUUUAUCUCAGAGACAAUCUUUUAUCUACAUUGGAAGGAAUUGAAAUACUGAAGCGGGUUAAGGUUCUUGAUUUGAGCUUCAACGAGUUUAAGGGACCGGGGUUUGAACCGCUUGAGAAUUGCAAGGCUCUGCAGCAACUAUAUCUUGCUGGUAAUCAAAUUACCUCACUGGCAAGCCUCCCUCAACUUCCUAACCUGGAGUUUCUUUCUGUUGCUCAAAAUAAAUUGAAGUCUCUUUCAAUGGCAAGUCAACCACGACUUCAGGUGUUAGCUGCCAGCAAAAAUAAAAUAACAACACUUAAGGGUUUCCCGUAUCUACCUGUCCUGGAGCAUUUACGCGUGGAGGAAAAUCCCGUACUUAAGAUGCCCCAUGUAGAAGCAGCAUCUGUAUUGCUAGUUGGCCCUACACUGAAAAAGUUUAAUGAUAGAGAUCUUUCCCGAGAAGAGGUUGCUAUUACGAAGCUUUAUCCUGCUUGCACAGCCUUGUGCAUUAGGGAUGGCUGGGAGUUUUGUCGUCCUGAGAAUGCAGCAGAUUCUACUUCUCACUUUCUUUUUGAGCAAUGGAAAGAUCAGUUACCUCCCGAUUAUGUUCUCAAGGAUGCCUCUAUUGAUCAACCUUUUGAAGAAGAUGCUUGCCGCUGCCAUUUUAGUUUUGGCCAAGCCAACACUUUGAAUGUGGAUCCGCUAGUUUUAAGAUAUCAAUGGUUUAUGGGGAGGAGAACACUUUCAAGUUUUGUUGCUAUUCCUGAUGCCAGUGGAGAGGUAUACUGGCCAAAGCAUGAAGACAUUGGUAAAAUUCUAAAAGUAGAGUGUACCCCUAGAGUGGGAGAAACAGAGUAUCCUGCAAUUUUUGCCAUAUCUUCACCGGUUAAACGAGGAAGUGGAAUUCCAAAGGUUGUAAACCUUGAAGUUCAUGGAGAUUUAGUUGAAGGCAAUGUUAUCAAAGGCCAUGCUGAAGUUGCAUGGUGUGGAGGAACUCCAGGGAAAGGUGUUUCCAGUUGGCUAAGGAGAAAAUGGAAUAGUAGCCCGGUGGUUAUUGUUGGUGCAGAAGAUGAAGAGUAUCAGAUAACUUUACAUGACAUUGAUUCGAGUUUGGUUUUCAUGUACACUCCAGUUACUGAGGAAGGUGCCAAAGGGGAGCCUCAGUAUAAGUAUACCGACUUUGUUAAAGCAGCUCCUCCAUCAGUCACUAAUGUUCAAAUUGUUGGAGAUAUUGUUGAAGGAAAUAUCAUAAAAGGAGUUGGGAAGUACUUUGGGGGAAGAGAAGGUCCCAGCAAGUUUGAAUGGUUAUGUGAGAGCAAGGAAUCUGGAAAUUUUCAACUGGUUUCAACGGGUACAUCUGAGUAUACUUUGACUAAAGACGAUGUAGGCCGACACAUAGCUUUUGCUUAUAUACCCAUUAAUUUUGAAGGCCAGGAAGGGGAAUCUGUGUCAAUAGUCGCUCCUCUGGUAAAGCAAGCACCUCCAAAAGUUACAAAUGUUAAGAUUAUUGGCGAUAUAAGGGAAAGCAGUAAAGUUACUGUAACUGGCAUUGUUUCUGGAGGAACUGAAGCUUCUAGCAGAGUUCAGUGGUUCAAAACAAUUUCUUCAAUAUUGGACGGUGAGAGUGGCCUUGAAGUCGUGAGUGCAUCUAAAAUUGCAAAGGCAUUCCGAAUUCCUCUUGGAGCAGUGGGCUAUUACAUUGUUGCAAAAUAUACUCCUAUGACUUCGGACGGUGAAUCUGGCGAAUCAGUAUAUGCUAUAUCUGAAAGGGCAGUUGAAACUCUUCCCCCAAGUCUUAAUUUCUUGUCCAUCACUGGUGAUUAUGCUGAAGGUGGAAUACUGACUGCAUCAUAUGGCUAUAUAGGGGGACAUGAAGGAAAAAGUGUGUAUAGUUGGUAUCUGCAUGAGGCUGAAACAGAUUCUGGUACUUUGAUACCUGAGGGCUCUGGUGUUCUUCAGUAUCGUAUUACUGGGGAUGCAAUUGGUAAGUUCAUAUCCUUCCAAUGUGUCCCUGUUCGUGAUGAUGGGAUAAUAGGUGAGCCAAGAACUUGUAUCGGACAGGAGCGAGUUCGACCUGGAAGUCCAAGGUUGCUGGCUCUACAAGUUGUUGGAAAUGCUGUUGAAGGAACUGCAUUAAGUGUUGACAAAAAGUAUUGGGGAGGUGAAGAAGGAGAUUCAGUGUUCCGUUGGUUUCGGACUAGUUCAGAUGGCAAUCAGGUCGAAAUUCGUGGUGCUACUACUGCAGCAUACAGGCUUUCAAUUGGUGAUAUUGGAUUCUUUAUUUCAGUUUCAUGUGAGCCUGUUAGAAGGGAUUGGGCUCGUGGUCCUAUUGUUGUUUCUGAACAAAUUGGGCCUGUCAUACCUGGUCCUCCUACUUGUCAGUCAUUAGAGUUCUUAGGGUCUAUGAUAGAAGGACAACGCCUGAGCUUCAUUGCUUCUUACAGUGGAGGGGAAAAGGGAGAUUGCUAUUAUGAAUGGUUUAGAGUGAGAAGUGAUGGGGUGAGAGAGAAAUUAAGUGCCGAUGAGUUUCUGGAUUUGAAUUUGGAUGACGUGGGAAAAAGCAUUGAACUUGUUUACACUCCAAUGCGCAAAGAUGGUGCAGAAGGAAGUCCUAGGAGCAUAAAAUCCAAUGUCAUUGUGCCAGCGGAUCCUGUGGGACUGGAACUUGUGAUUCCUAGCUUCUGUGAGGACCAAGAAGUGGUCCCACAAAAAACAUAUUUUGGUGGACAGGAGGGAGAUGGAGAAUAUACUUGGUGCAGAUCAAAAAAUAAGCUACAUGGAUCUGCACUGAUGGAUAUUUGCAAUGCCUGUGAUGAUGUUUUCAUAUGCAGUAAAACAUUGACAUAUACUCCAUCACUUGAGGAUGUGGACUAUUACUUGGCAUUAAAUUGGGUGCCCACUCGUGUGGAUGGCACAUGUGGAAAACCAUUAACUGCGGUCACCGAUUCUCCUGUUAAACCAGCCCUUCCGGUAGUUUCUGAUGUUCAUGUGAAGGAGUUGUCUUUCGGAAUUUAUUCUGGCGAGGGACAUUACUUUGGUGGCUAUGAAGGAUCAAGCCUCUUCAGCUGGUACAGAGAAACUAAUGACGGGACCAUUCGUCUCAUUGAUGAGGCUAACUCUAAAACUUAUGAGGUGACAGAUGAGGAUUACAAUUGCCGCUUGUUGUUUGGGUAUACACCAGUCCGUGCAGAUUCAGUUGUGGGAGAACUUAAAUUGUCUGAGCCCACUGGAAUUAUUCUCCCAGAGGUUCCAAGAGUGGAAAUGCUUGCUCUUACCGGAAAGGCGAUAGAACGUGAUGUACUUACUGCUGUAGAAGUUAUUCCCAAGACUGCAGCUCAACAAUCUGUUUGGAGCAAGUACAAGAAGGAUGUUAAAUAUCAAUGGUCCUCUUCCUUAGUAACAGGUUCAUUUGAGCCCAUACAUGGACUAAGAUCCUGCUCUUACAAGGUGCGACUGGAGGACAUCGGUAGAUGCUUGAGAUGUGAAUGCAUUGUGACUGAUGUGUUUGGAAGGUCAAGUGAGCCAGCAUAUGCUGAGACUGCUGCCAUAUUGCCAGGGAUUCCUAAAAUAGAUAAACUGGAGAUUGAGGGACGGGGUUUCCACACCAACUUGUAUGCUGUUCGAGGUACUUAUAGUGGAGGAAAGGAGGGAAAGAGUAGAAUUCAAUGGCUUAGAUCAAUGGUUGGAAGUCCUGAUCUGAUAUCAAUACAAGGAGAAGUUGGUAGGAUGUACGAAGCUAAUGUCGAUGAUGUAGGAUAUAGGCUGGUGGCUGUUUAUACCCCAGUUAGAGAGGACGGUGUUGAGGGGCAGCCGGUGUCUGCAUCAACUGAGCCAAUUGCUGUUGAGCCUGAUGUUCUUAAAGAAGUGAAGCAAAAGCUUGAACUUGGAUCUGUGAAGUUUGAGGCAUUAUGUGACAAAGACCGUUCUGCAAAGAAGACUGUGCAGGUUCCAGGAGAGGGAAGUCUUGAGAGAAGAAUUCUAGAAGUUAAUAGGAAAAGAAUCAAGGUUGUGAAGCCAGGUUCUAAGACCUCAUUUCCUACAACUGAAAUUCGCGGAAGUUACGCUCCUCCUUUCCAUGUUGAACUUUUCCGGAAUGACCAGCACCGCCUGAGGAUUGUAGUAGACAGUGAGAAUGAAGUAGACCUGAUGGUUCAUUCCAGGCAUUUGCGGGAUGUCAUCGUCCUUGUGAUCCGAGGCCUAGCUCAGAGAUUCAAUAGUACAUCUCUCAAUUCUCUCCUCAAAAUAGAGACAUGAAGUCAAUUAAUAGAAAAAGUAUAUACUCAUAUGUAGGUUUUAGUUCAACUAGUCAUUACACCUAGUUUUAUUCCCCAAUUUUUACAGCAUCAUUAUUUUUAUUGUUGUCAUUUUAAUUUUUCUAUGCAAGAUGUGUAGUGCUCGAAAAUUGCUGGAUGUGUCAAAAUAUUUUUGUAUAGUAUUACAUCAAUUAUGAUAUUGAGUAGUCCAGGAAA